CUUGUUGGUGUAAGUUACCUUGGGACCCACCUGAGCAGCCUCUCUUCACUUGUCUAGUGGUGGGGUGCUGUGAGAGGGUCGUGUUCGUGAAAAGCCCUAACCGCGGUUAUCCUCAUAUCGAAAGUUUUUGUACCCACCACCAAUAUGCCCGGCCACGUUACGAAGAGCACAGGUCCCGACCCUGACCCCACCGAGUUCUUGUUCAUCUCUAUGGAGAUGAAGAUGAAGGAUGCCACCAAACCUUAUGACUCCAAGAAGUCCUGCUGGGUCCCUGAUCCUAAGGUAGGCUUCGUCGAGGGUGAGAUUAACUGCACCAAAGGCGACCUUGUCACCGUUUGUGCCGGCGGUGAGACCAAGAACUGGAAGAAAGACCUCGUGCAGCAGGUCAACCCUCCCAAGUACGAAAAAUGCGAAGAUAUGUCCAACUUGACCUUCCUUAACGACCCUUCAGUCCUGUACAACUUGAAGACCCGUUACGUCAACAGGCUCAUCUACACCUACUCCGGUCUCUUCUGUAUCGCCAUCAACCCCUACAAGCGGUACCCCAUCUACACCAACCGUACGGUCAAGAUCUACCAGGGUAAGAGGCGUAAUGAAGUGCCUCCUCACCUCUUCGCUAUCGCCGACGGUGCCUAUAUGGAUAUGUUGCAGCUUUCCGAAAAUCAAUCGAUGCUCAUCACCGGUGAGUCUGGUGCUGGUAAGACAGAGAACACCAAGAAGGUACUCUCCUACUUUGCUAACGUCGGUGCCACCGCCAAGAAGGGCGAGGCAGAAAAACCCAACCUCGAGGACCAGAUCAUCCAGACCAACCCUGUACUGGAGGCCUUCGGUAACGCCAAGACCACCCGUAACGACAACUCCUCCCGUUUCGGUAAGUUCAUCCGUAUCCACUUCCAACCCAAUGGCAAGCUGUCCGGUGCUGAUAUUGAGGUCUACCUGCUGGAGAAGGCUCGUGUCAUCUCUCAGCAGCCCGCCGAGCGAUCCUACCAUAUCUUCUACGAGAUGAUGUCCGACCAGAUUAAGGAGAUCAAGCCUCUGUGCUGCCUGAGUGAUGAUAUUUACGACUAUCACUACGUGUCCCAGGGCAAGGUCACUGUGCCUUCCAUUGAUGACGGCGAGGACAUGCAGUUCUGUCACGAUGCAUUCGACAUACUGGGCUUUGCCAGGCAGGAAGUUGAGGAUGUGUAUAAGAUCACCGCCGCUGUCAUGCACUUCGGUAACAUGAAGUUUAAACAGAGAGGUCGUGAGGAGCAGGCUGAACCCGACGGUACUGAGGUUGGUAAUAUUGUUGGAAAACUAUUGGGUGCUGACGGUACCGACCUGUACAGGAACAUUGCCAAACCCAAGAUCAAGGUCGGUGCAGAGUUCGUAGCAAAAGGCAUGAACUUGAGUCAGUGCAGUUAUUCCGUCGGAGCUCUUGCGAAGGGUUUAUUCGACCGCGUGUUCAAGUGGUUAGUUACAAAAUGUAACAAGAUUCUUGAGACCGGUUUAAAGAGGGCCACUUUCAUUGGUGUACUCGACAUAGCUGGCUUCGAGAUAUUCGACCAUAAUGGGUUUGAACAGAUCUGCAUCAACUUCUGUAACGAGAAGCUGCAACAGUUCUUCAACCAUCACAUGUUUGUGCUGGAGCAGGAGGAAUACAAGAGGGAAGGCAUCAACUGGGUCUUCGUAGACUUCGGUAUGGAUCUGCAGGCCUGCAUCGAGCUCUUUGAAAAGAAAAUGGGUCUGCUCUCCAUCCUUGAGGAAGAAUCCAUGUUCCCUAAGGCUACUGACAAGUCCUUCCAGGAGAAGUUAAACUCUAACCACUUUGGCAAAUCUCCUGUGUUCAUCAAACCUAAGCCACCAAAGCCUGGUCAGCCUGAUUCUCACUUCGCCAUUGUUCACUACGCUGGUACUGUCAGCUACAACCUGAGUGGCUGGCUCGAGAAGAACAAGGAUCCCCUCAAUGACACUGUUGUUGACCAGCUCAAGACGUCCAGCAACGAACUUGUCGUUACGAUCUUCGCUGACCAUCCCGGCCAGUCUGGAAGUGGUGAUGCCAAGGGUGCAAAGAAAUCUGGUGGCUUUAAGACUGUGUCGUCUGGGUAUAAGGACCAGUUGAACAACCUGAUGAGGACCCUCAACUCUACUCACCCUCACUUCAUCCGUUGUAUCGUCCCCAACGAGACCAAGUCUCCCGGUGUGACUGACGCCGCCCUGAUCAUGCACCAGCUGACCUGUAACGGUGUACUUGAGGGUAUCCGUAUCUGUCGCAAAGGCUUCCCCAACAGGAUGGUCUACCCUGAUUUCAAGCACCGCUACAAGAUCCUGGCCUCCAAGGAAAUGUCUGAGAUCUCCGACGACAAGAAGGCUGCCAAGGCUUGCUUUGACAAGGCGGGUCUGGAACAGGAACACUACCGCCUCGGCAACACCAAGGUGUUCUUCCGUGCUGGUGUUCUGGGUACCCUGGAGGAGAUUCGUGAUGAUCGCCUGGGUAUGAUUAUCACUUGGAUGCAGUCGUGGGUCCGUGGAUACAUCAGCCGCAGCGGUUACAAGAGACUUCAGGAACAGCGCAUUUCACUCAACAUUGUGCAGCGCAGCUUAAGGCAUUUCUUGCAGAUGCGAACAUGGGCGUGGUACAGCUUCUGGCAGAAAGUAAAGCCUCUACUCAACGUUACCCGCAUUGAGGAUGAGAUGCGGGCCCUCAAGGAGAAGGCUGCCAAGGCUUUGGAGGACUACGAGAAAGAGGUAAAACUUCGCCAGGAACUUGAGGCUGCUAACGUUAAGCUUCUUGAAGAAAGGAACAGCCUUCUACUUUCUCAUGAAACGACCAAGGGCAGCUUGUCCGAGUUUCUUGACAAACAAGCUAAGCUGCAGAGACAGAAGGCUGAUCUGGAGGCUGUCCUCACUGAAACGGCCGAGCGCUUGCAGAAGGGAGAAGAAGCCUGUACUCGAUUUUCCCAGGAUAAGAAGAAGACCGAACAGGAAUUUAACAACCUGAAGAAGAACAUUGAGGAUUUGGAGCUGAGCAUUCAAAAGUUGGAGCAAGACAAGGUCAGCAAAGAUCACCAAGUUAACAAUCUUAAUGGAGAGAUUAGACAACAAGAGGAACUUAUCAAUAAGCUCAACAAAGAAAAGAAACAUUUACAGGAGUGCAACCAGAAGACUGCCGAAGACGCUCAGUGUGUUGAAGACAAAUGUAACCAUCUCAAUAAAGUGAAGGCUAAACUUGAACAAACUCUUGAUGAACUUGAAGACGCAUUAGAACGCGAAAAGAAACAACGUAUUGAUCUUGAAAAGGCCAAGAGAAAGGUUGAGGGUGAUCAGAAGUUAACCCUGGAGGCCGUUGCUGACUUAGAACGAAACAAGAAGGAGCUGGAGCAGACUAUUGAGCGUAAAGAUAAGGAAUUUUCUUCGCUUUACAGCAAACUUGAAGAUGAGCAAGGCCUUCUUUCCAAGGUUCAAAGGCAGGUCAAGGAAUCGGAGUCCCGUAUUGAGGAACUUGAAGAAGAUAUUGAACAUGAACGCCAAACCCGUGCUAAGACUGAGAAGGCGAAGUCUCUCUUGGCCCGCGAACUGGACGAUCUGGGCGAUCGCUUGGACGAGGCAGGCGGAGCCACCGCUGCUCAAAUUGAGUUGAACAAAAAACGAGAGGCAGAGAUAACGAAGCUUCGUAAAGAUCUCGAGGAAUCCAAUAUCCAGCAUGAGUCCUCUUUGGCACUUCUUUGCAAUAAACACCAUAAUAUUGUCGCUGAAAUGUCGGAACAAAUCGACAAUCUCAACAAGACCAAAGUAUGGAAUGAAAGGGAGAAGGUGACUCUAAAACGGGAGGCUGAUGAUGCUAAGGCCAUAAUGGACGGUCUGACUCGCCACAAGGUUGCCUCCGAGAAGAUGUGUAAGCAGCUCCAACAUGAGGUGACCGAAGUUCAAUCCAAGUUAGACGAAACCAACCGCAACCUUAAUGACUACGAUGUUGCCAAGAAAAAGCUUGCUGUUGAGAACUCUGACCUUCUGCACCAGCUAGAAGAGGCGGAAAGUCUAGUUGGUCAACUCUCUAAAUUGAAGCUCUCCUUGACCAACCAACUCGAGGAUACGAAGAAGGUUGUUGAUGAAGAAAGCAGGGAACGAGGAACAAUUCUCGGUAAGUUCCGCAACUUAGAACACGAUAUUGGCGGUCUCCGUGAGCAACUUGAUGAUGAAGGCGAAGCCAAGGCUAACGUACAGCGGCAGUUGUCCAAGGCUAAUGCGGAAGCUUUGAUGUGGCGUUCAAAAUACGAAUCUGAAGGUGUUGCUCGUACAGAGGAACUUGAAGCAGCUCGUUCAAAACUUUCUGCUCGCCUUGAAGAAGCUGAAUCUCAAAUUGAGCAACUUAAUAUCAAGAAUUUGCACUUGGAAAAAACUAAACAACGCUCUUGCACAGAGCUUGAAGAAAUGCAAAUCGCAACUGAUCGCGCCCAGACUUUGGCAAACGCUGCUGAAAAGAAACAGAAGAACUUUAAUAAGAUCAUUAGUGAAUGGAAAUUGAAAGUUGAUGAUCUUUCUGCUGAACUUGAUACUUCCCAGAAGGAAUGCCGCAACUACUCUACUGAGCACUUCCGUAUGAAGACCGCCUACGAGGAGAACCUUGAGCAUCUUGACUCAGUCCGCCGUGAAAACAAAAAACUUUCUGAUGAGGUCAAUGACCUGAUGGACCAGAUUGGCGAGGGUGGCCGAUCUAUGCACGAAGUUCAAAAAACCAUAAAACGUCUCGAAAUUGAGAAGGAGGAGCUCCAGGCUGCCCUGGACGAAGCUGAAGCGGCUCUUGAACAGGAGGAAAACAAAGUGCUUCGAGGUCAACUUGAACUAAGUCAGGUUAGGCAAGAGAUCGACAGACGAAUCAAUGAAAAGGAAGAAGAAUCUGAGAACAUUCGCAAGUGCCACCAACGAGCCAUUGACUCCAUGCAGGCUACCCUUGAGACUGAAGCUAAGGGUAAGGCCGAUGCCCUUCGUAUAAGGAAGAAACUAGAAUCUGACAUUGAUGAGCUCGAGAUUGCACUUGACCACUCCAACAAAGCAAAUUAUGAAUUGCAGAAGCACAUUAAGAAAAUACAAAUAGAGAUGAAAGAUCAACAAGCCAUUCUUGAAGAUGAACAACGCCUUUCUUCUGAAUACCGCGAGCAAUGUGCUAUUUCUGAGCGCCGUGCCAAUACAUUACAGGGAGACCUAGAAGAGUCGCGCACGCUUCUUGAACAGUCCGAUCGUGGUCGACGUUACGCCGAGUCUGAGUUGAGUGAUUGUCAAGAACAGCUGAAUAUGAUCACUGCUCAGAAUAAUUCCCUAACUGUGGUCAAAAGGAAGCUCGAGAGCGAGAUGCAGACUCUCCAUGCUGACCUGGACGAGAUGCUGAGCGAGGCCAAAAACUCAGAGGAAAGAGCGAAGAAGGCCAUGAUCGAUGCCGCCCGCCUGGCCGAUGAACUCCGCGCUGAGCAGGAACACGCCCAGACCCAGGAGAAGAUGCGUAAAGGUCUGGAAGUUACAGUGAAAGAACUUCAAUAUCGCCUUGAAGAGAGCGAAAGCAAUGCUCUGAAGACCGGCAAGAAGGUUGUGGGUAAGUUAGAGGGACGAGUUCGUGAGCUGGAAGGCCAGUUGGACGAUGAAUCUCGUCGCCAUUCUGACGCCCAGAAGAACCUGAGGAAGUGUGAGAGGCGCAUCAAGGAGCUCACCUUCCAGUCUGAUGAAUACAAAAAGAACCACGAGAAAAUGCAGGACCUUAUCGAUAAGCUGCAGCAGAAGAUCAAGACCUAUAAGCGCCAGAUAGAAGAAGCCGAAGAGAUCGCUGCCCUGAACUUGGCUAAGUACCGCAAAGCCCAUCAGGAGUUGGAGGAGGUUGAAGAACAGGGUGCUGCAGGUCCUCUCCAGAAAACUAGUACUCUAGGGCUAUAAAGACUACGUUACAGUUGCGUCAUCUUUCAUGUACUCCUCAUUCGGAAUUAGGUAACGGAUUGCUGUUUUGUAUUAAUGAACAAAUAGAUGUAACCAAGAAGAAAAAUAUUUUGAUUAAUUCAAAUAAACUGGAAUUUUCAGUGAGUACAAACAUUAAGUAUAUUAUUAUAUGAAGUCAUAUCCGAAAACUUGUUGCUGCCCAUGACUGUAUCGAAGUAGGUACAUAUUUAUUAAGACAAAACAGCAGUUAUUGACCAUGUAUUGUGGGGCCACAUAUGGUCUCAUCAUUAUAAUUAUUGAUAUAAUGAUUAUAAUUAUCAUAUAGAUUUAUACUUAUAUAUUUUUUCUGUAAGUCAUGCAGGAAAUGCCGAUUUAUACCAAUUGCUAAUAAAAUCAAGAUUGUCUUGAA